AAUAAACAAGAGCCUCUUACUUCCGCCUCAAGAUGGCGUCUAUAGCUUAAACUGAUAAACACACAACAGUUGAACACAGCAGAGCAACGAAAUUCAGUCUCUUACAUUUCCUGAGUCUUUCGUUAAUAAUAUGGUAUAUUGACUGUAAAAACCAUGUCUAAAAAGGACAGAAGACGAGUGUUGGCCCAGAUAUGGGGAACACCUACAAGUCAUGACAUUGAUAUGGUUGAUGAGGGUGACCAAAUUGUUGUAUUCUCCAACUACCGUGGUAUUAUUAAUUGGUGGAUGGAAAUUUUUAAGGCCUAUUACCCAAAUAUCAAGUGCAGGGAAAAAGGAGAUGUUACUAAGAUCAAACCAACUACAGGUGUGACUAUUAAAUUAAACAAAACAACCAAGCUGAUGAGAGUCAGUGGUAAAAAUCACUGGCCAUGGUUUGUAGAUACCUUUGAAAAAUUGUUAGAUAUUGGAAAUGGAGAUGCUGUUGAAUUGCCAAGUGAUGGAGCGUCAGCAGUUUCUGAAAACUCAGUUACCAGAUAUCUUCAGCUUAAUAAAGACGAUGAAGAGGUUCAAGACUUAUUGGAUCGUAUCCCUGAUGGUGGAGGUAUAAUGCAUCAUGAGUUUAUCAUGCGUUUGUGGAAAAGCUUGUUAGAUGAUUGGUUUGGGGUUGGUGCUGCUGUUUAUAUUGUUACCCCACGCAUAGACUCUGAGAGACUUUUCAUCAUUAUGCUUUUAAUGAUAAGAAAUAAAGGAACAGGUUUUACAGUUACCUUAAUGACCCCAACUAAGCAAGAUGGUGAAAGGUUUGACAAAAUAAUGGAGAAAACCAAAAGAAGAUUGAAAGAAGUGAAGACAGCUCAAGAUUCCCGACUGGUUUCAGAUGUGAAACUUCAGUGGGUCAUGGACACACUGACCAUUCAGCAUGAUGAGUUUUCUACUAAUUUUAUUGCAGCACACAAAGAUGAGGAAGGUGAAGUACUGACAACAACAGCACACUUUCACAAAGCCCACUUUCACCAUCAACAGAAAGAUAAUGUUUGUUAUAAUAGACUAAGCUCACAUGACUUACGAAAAAAUUAUUUACUGCCUCUAAACAUUGGUAACAAUGUGUUUUAGAGUUAUUUUUAUUUUGUACAGUUUUCUUUUAGGUAGGUCAUUCUUAAAAUGUAAAUAAUAAAUAUUAUUUGUUCCCUUAAUAAAAGAGUAGACGUAUUAGAAAAUGUUACUUCAAUACUGAUAAAUUGUUUUGUUAAAUAAUUUUACAGAAAAUAAAAUUUACUUUAGUUAGUUAAUGUUCACAUUGAUAUGAUGUAAAAAUUAAAAAUCAAAGUAUUUAAUACGUAUUUGUGGAUUUUUAAAAAUAAGUACCCAAAUUCAUAAAGUUUGAUGUAGUUGAUGUGAACUGUUGCAAGUUUAAAUAAUUUUUGCCAGAACUUUUACUGAAUUCAUUGAAUAGCAUAAUUUAAUAAGUAAUUGAAACAGAGACCUUCCUAAUUUUAUACUGGUUGUAAUUAUAUAUUAAAUUUUUUUACAAAUGAAAAUUGUGGUAUCUGUCUCUAACUUGUUAGACAGAUAUGUAAAUCAGACAUGCCAUUUUAAACAGUUUAUGUGUAUUGUAUUUAUUGAUGUAUUACUCUGUUGAAGUAUUUAUGUGUCUUGUGUUUUAAAAGGCUGUACAUUUAUCUCUAAUUGUUUUAAACUUCAGUAUUUUUACCUCUUUUACUUUCUUUGGUGGGCUGUAUCUAUCAUAUAGCGGUGCAGGUAUUGGACGUUUCAGGCUGGAAACUUUGUAUCUGUUUUCAGCUGCUACUUUGUAUUAAUUUAAAAACUGUAGGCCGUAUAACUUUUUUAUUAAAAAUAUGUAAGUAAAAACUGAAAACUGCAAGUCAUAUCUAUAAAAUAAGAUGCUAGUAUUAGCAUUUAACAACCUACUCUGCCCAGGAAAUAUUACACAUUUUAUAUUCUAGUAAACUUUCAUAUAUUACUGGUAUUUAAAAAAAUUAGUCAAUAAAAAGUUAGGCUACAAUAAAUUUGAUUUUAAAAUGAACAAUUUUAUGCAGUAACCCUGUCAACAAAAGCCCAAUUAUUUCUAAGCCUAAAAAGGCACCAGAUAGUGGCAGACAUUUCUUUAAUAAAAAAUCUAAAACCUGCUAUCAGCUGACCUCUACUCUCUCUUUAUAUAUUUUCUGUUAUUUUAGUUUGACACAUUCACCAUUUGAUAGUUUUAGUGAAAAUUUCAAUGAAGUUAAAUUGUUUAUUUUUUAGGUUGCACUAAACAUAUCCCAGGUUAAUAGAAUAAGUGUGUCAUUAAAAUAGUUAAAUAGUAUAGUCAUAAGAAAAUUGCCCACUGAAUAAAUUUGCCUAGAUACUUCAAACCUUGCACCAACAAUGAGCCAUAUUGUCUUGCUUUAUUUAUUUCACAAUAGACUGACCAGAAGGGGAAGUAAUAGAUCUAAAUGUUACUUAAAUAAAAAUCUCUUACCAGAUUAUUGGCCUCAAAUGUCUUUAGAUGAUCAACUCAUCAAUAUUUAGUUUAUAAGUUUUAAUUUUUGUUCUUUUUAAUUGCCCUAAUGUAAAGCCCUAGCUUCAUCACCCACUUGCCAUACGGUUAAAUGCCUUAAUAUUGUAUGUUGGUGGGUCUAAGUCUGCUAUGUGAUGGUCAGGUGUAACACUUGUUUUGUGAAUACAUUUAAAUUUUAUAAAAUUGUUUCUCAUUUGUGCCUUGAGUAAUUUCAAUAUUCAAUCAUUAUGGGCUGAGAAUCUUUUAUCUGCAUUGCUUUGAAAAAUUUUCAGUUAAAGAUUUUUUAUGGUGAGGUUUACUGGUGUUUUUAAAAAACUCAUUGAUAAAACAUUCUCAACCAAUUUAGAUUUUUAAAUAUGUGCAAUAGCAAACAGAACCAUUUUAACAUUCCAGAAUAUGUUGUAUUGGGAUUAUGUGUUUGAUGUUUUCCUAUUGUGACUUUAAGCAUUCAGUUUUUGCAUUCCACUGUAGUUUAGUUUUAUAUUUUUAAAAAUUGCUAAUUUGUGAUCACAUAGAGAUUAAACAGUUACUUUUCUUUUGCCAAACUCAACAGCUUAAGAACAAAAAGCUGUACAGAGGUUUAAGUACCUGUUUAUAUAGUAGUUGUGUACAUGGGCUGAAGUUACUGUGAACAUGACCACUGUUAUAAUAUAUAUUUUAUUGUAAAAUCUGCAAUCCACAACAAGCAGUUGAUUUCACUGCCCCAUCUUUUGUCAUCUAUUUAUGCAGUUUAAUUGGCCUGAGUAAAAUCCAGGUUUUUGAUUAAUGUACUUUAAUGAUUAGAGGUGGCAAACUACAAAAGAUUUUAAGACUUUUUUAAUAACUUGCUCUAUUUUUUUAAAGAUUUCAAAAAGUUCCAAAUUUACAAUAAAUUAAAGGUACAUAUGUAAAUUUUA